GGGCUCCACACUUCCGGUCAACUGCCAUGAUCUGCCAUUGUCCUCACGUGUCAGAGUGUUCGAGUGCUUCUCCCGUGUCUCUCCAGUGUUUUAAUUGUUAAAAAAUAUGUCGACUUCAACCACCUAUUUUGGAAGCAUCGCAAGUCCAAGGGCUCCGAAAAAUGUUGAGCCCUACGCCAACGAAGAGAUGGAAGAGAAAGAGGACUGUGACGCGGUCAAACUUCUGCAAUGUCCUUUUGACCAAAACCAUCAGAUCCGUGCCUGCCGCUUCCCUUACCACCUUAUCAAAUGCAGAAAGAAUCAUCCCAAACUGGCAAGGGACUUGAAAACGUGCCCGUAUAACGCUCGACAUCUGUUUCCGGUUCAUGAGAUGAGUCUCCACACUGCCACCUGUGAGGACCGGAAGUCCGUCUGCUUGGAUGAAUCGUCUAAUGCAGAGGUGCAGCGGAAAUGGCAGGUCCCUGUUAGCACAUGGACCAACCCCCAAACCGACGAGGAUUGGGAAUCAGAAGCCGACGAUGCUGCCGUUCCCUUUGUGUGGGGGACCGCCUCGACCUCCUUCUUACAACCAGAGGUGACGGAUGGAUUGAUCUACGAGCACAACCUUAGCGCGGGGUUGAGAGCUCCGAGGACUCUCCCCUGGCCCGUUGAUGUAGACCAAUAGAUAAAUCCAAACCAAAUUUUGGCCAUUCUGCAUGUUAUUAUCUAUUUGUAUCUUUUUCUCUCUCUCUAUAUAUAUAUAUGCAUGCGUUCCUUCCUUCAUUGUAAAAUUAGGUGUGAGUAUUUUUUGCCGUUCAGCUUGUAACUGCUAAUCACAAUCACACCUGGUGGUAUAAUAUGUCACCCUUUAAUGUUUGUAUAAUGCAUUGGAUAAAUGUCUUAAAAGGAAUUUAAAAUUUGACCCCCUCUUUAUUAGUUUGCCUGCGGUCUUUGCUAAAGAACAGAAGGCCCACCAAUUCCUUUUCUCAAGGAAUGCUGUUUUUUCAUGUACUAAGCAGUGGAACCUCAUGCUAUUUUAGUAUUGAAGGAAAACCGUUUGCUGUGCACCACUUGGGGGCAGUGUUUAUUGUUUUUGUUAGUUUCCAGUGCAGUUACCAAGGUCAAUGUCAGUGGGGUUUUGAUUAAUUUCAACAAAGGUUUUAAGAUCCAACUUGGUGACAUGAAUCUGGGACGUAUCUUGCCAACUUUUUUUGAGUUCUGAAAGAUGACGCCUUAUAACAUGGCAACACGUCUUCCCUCACUACCAUAGAUUUCACGUGAUUAAAUUGUAUUGAGUUUAAGUGGACUUAAUCUGAUUUAAGCUUGGUGGCCAUAACCCAUCUAAGGCAAAUUGUUUGCUUAUGGUCCAAUGUUUUGAUGGCCCAAUUUUACACACACGUAUCUGUAAAAACGAUAAUUAUUUGCCAACUAUAGUUUGUUUUAGGAAGUUGUUAUUUUAAUUAUUUAUGAUGUACGUUUAAUAUACAUUAUACCAUAGGUCUACAUCACCAAGACAGGACUGUUCUAUGGAGUCCAUUUUCUGAUUUUAUCAUUCUUGGUGAAAUAAAUGUAUGCAUUUUCAAAUAAAGAAAUCUCAAGUUAAAUAUAUUGAUGCAUAUUUUAAUGUCCUCGCGCAUGCAAAUAAAAAUACAUAAUGCACAA